AUGAACAUUACCAAAUGUCCUGAGAAACAUCUGGAGAACCUUCUGGAGAUGAACAUUACCAAAUGUCUUGAGAAACAUCUGGAGAACCUUCUGGAGAUGAACAUUACCAAAUGUCUUGAGAAACAUCUGGAGAAACUUCUGGAGAUGAACAUUACCAAAUGUCUUGAGAAACAUCUGGAGAACCUUCUGGAGAUGAACAUUACCAAAUGUCUUGAGAAACAUCUGGAGAACCUUCUGGAGAUGAACAUUACCAAAUGUCUUGAGAAACAUCUGGAGAACCUUCUGGUAAUGAACAUUACCAAAUGUCACGAGAAACAUCUGGAGAACCUUCUGGAGAUGAACAUUACCAAAUGUCACGAGAAACAUCUGGAGAACCUUCUGGAGAUGAACAUUACCAAAUGUCACGAGAAACAUCUGGAGAACCUUCUGGAGAUGAACAUUACCAAAUGUCUUGAGAAACAUCUGGAGAACCUUCUGGAGAUGAACAUUACCAAAUGUCACGAGAAACAUCUGGAGAACCUUCUGGAGAUGAACAUUACCAAAUGUCACGAGAAACAUCUGGAGAACCUUCUGGAGAUGAACAUUACCAAAUGUCUUGAGAAACAUCUGGAGAACCUUCUGGAGAUGAACAUUACCAAAUGUCUUGAGAAACAUCUGGAGAACCUUCUGGAGAUGAACAUUACCAAAUGUCUUGAGAAACAUCUGGAGAACCUUCUGGAGAUGAACAUUACCAAAUGUCUUGAGAAACAUCUGGAGAACCUUCCAAAACAUCUCUGACGACCAGAAUGAGACCAGAGAGCAACAGUCUGGACUUGGAUCUGUAACAGCUUCUCAGCUGCAGUGAACAAACACUCUGAACGCAGACGUGUUUGUUUGAAGUUCACUACGAUCGGGGCACUUGUUGGGUGGAGCGAGAUAGAGGAACAGGAAGGAGGCUGAUUUGAUCGGCUACAUCCAAACUCCAAACCUUUACAAUAGGUUGUUUCCAAAAGAGAAACUGAUGCUGAGAGUUUCUGUGGAUGUGGGAAGUUUUCUUGUGUAAGUGAUGAGUGUUUAUUGUUCGGGGGCCAUGAUGUCAAAUGUUGAGUUGGUCACGUGAAGCAGCCGGUACCGUGGUCGAUGAAGUUCAGUUUGUUCCCACAUUCUUUUACAAAGAAGAGUGACUGCUCUGGAUUCAUCUGAGCGACGUCUGUGUUUACAUCAGCUGUGGUUCAUAGUUUGUUUGAGUUCAGGACACCACGAUCAGAUCGUGUUUCAAAAGACAGGACCAGACAGUAUCACUGAACUGGAUUGUGUUGCAUCAUCAGGAGACCGAGACAACGCAAGGAAGAUUAAAUUCACAAACUCGAGGAAGAGAUGGAUCAUCUUCAUCUCUACAAUCACCUGAUCUUUCCGACGCUCCCUCAAGCAGCGGCACCGAUUGAUGGCCAGACUCAAUUUGGCUUCUCCUACGUCAUAUCAAUCCUCCUCGACACCUUUCCUUCACCUCGUGACCUUUUCCACUGAGGUCAAGGACAAGUGGUGAGGAAAAGGCGACUUCCUGAAUCCAGCCUGAGUCAAAUCCACAAAGAUCAGAUGAGGCGUUUGAGCUCCUCUCACAAGAAAAGCUCAUUAAAAUAAUGAGUUUGAUUUGCUCUUUUAUGAUCAUUCUUAUAAAAAGUUGAAUGAACACGGUGGAUCCAGAACAUCGGGGUCCAGGUUUCAUCAUCCUCACACGUUUCAACCCUGUAAAGAAACAAGUCGUGUGCUGAAACCAUCAAACCUCUGAUGACGACAGCAAGUUGUGUGAUCGUGUAGUGUGUCUGAGACCAAAGGGUUGAAUAGAUCAGAGCUGCACAUCAUGAGUCAGUGUUUCAGGCUCCUCCCUCUCCUCACUCACCUGAGACAAACCAGGAAACUGUUGUUCACUGAAGAGACACAGGCUGAACCACAGACGAUCAGGUUCACUGACAUCGUCCUCUGAGUGAGUCCAGCUACUGGAGAGGAAAGUGGAGAACUUCCAGAUCUCUUUCAGAUGUCUACAUCAUUGACUUUGUGAGAAUAGACGUGGACCACAAGUAGAGUUUUCUUUAACUUUCACUUCAUGUUUCCACAGAUCGCUCUUGUUACCGCCUUCACUUGCGAAACAUUAGCUACUGGUUUGCUACUUUCAACUGGUUCACUCUGCUCACUCACCACACGGAGUACUGGGUCUGUGUAUGUGACGGGCAGUGAGAGCUGGUGCUGAUAAUGUGCCGACGUUGGCCGCACGAUAAUAUUGGAGCUUAUCGAUACUAUGGUCUUUCAUAAUUUAGCCUGGUUAAUACGGGAUUUGGGUGCCCAUCCCUCACUAUCUAACAUCCCAGAAGAUGCCCCGCGCUACUUCUCCCCUGUGAUUUCAACAUCCAGACAGAGAAGUUGACAUCUCAGAUGUUAGUCACACACACACACACACACACACACACACACACACACAUAUCUGGUAACCAACUUGUUCUUAUAUUCACUAGAAACUUCUCCAGCAUUGAGCUCUCUGUCACCUCUCUCCAUGUCUCUGACCACUUCUUCUGCAGCGGCCCAGUUGUUCUUCAACUUAAGUUCUCCCACACUACACAGCUCCUCCCACACUACACGGCUCCUCCCACACUACAAGGCUCCUCCCACCCUACACUGGCUCCCUGUGAAAGCUGGAAUCCUAUUCAAGGCGCUGGUACUCGCCUACCGUGCUGCGAAUGGCUCAGGCCCUUACUACAUCCAGGACAUGGUCAAAACCUUACACCCCAGCCCGUCCACACUGCUCUGGUACGGGAGGGGUGGGAAGCCACAGCUCAUCUAAAUCCUGUCUCAAUGGUGGAACAAGCUUCCCAUUGACAUCAGGAGAGCAGAAACCCUUCAAUGCUUCCGCCGCAGACUGAAAACUCACCUGUUCAGACUGCAGCUGACUCCCUGAAUAUAUUUAUAUAAAAAUUUGAAAUGAGCAGUUGAAGCUGCUUUGUCUAUUU